AGUGAGAGAAGAGGCAGGGACGAUGCUGAGCUAUCGGGCUUUCCACCCUUCACGAAUGUGCCAGCAGCCUGUAUACACACUGGCGCCUGUUGCACACAGGCUCUGGGAACCACUUGAAUGUAACAUGUGGGAACAGGUGGAAGAAGCGAGGAAGGGCAUGAAGUUCAUCCAUCGAGUUCUUGAAGAGGUGAUAAGAGAAUUUUUUCGGGAAGUGCCAAGAAUUCAGGACAACAGGUUUGGACAAAACAGAAAAGGUAAUAGACUAUCCGAGGACAAGGAUGGAGAUGGCUUUUCUGUGUCCUUGAAUGUCCAGCACUUCUCCCCAGAAGAGCUGAGCGUGAAAGUAUUCGAAAGGAAAGUGCUGGUGACAGGAAAACAUGAGAAAAAAUGUGAUGAUGGCAGUGGCUGUUACAGCUACAAAUAUGAAGAGUUCAGGAGAGAAUUCCAGCUGCCAGAGGAUGUCGAUGCUGAAGCUCUUCGAUGCUGUUUGUCACAGGACGGUCGGUUAAAGGUUCAAGCCCCGCGCCUGGCACUGCCAGCUGGUGGAACGUGA